CAUCUUUCCUUCUCUAUAGUGCGUUUGUUAUUAAAAUGAAAGGCUUGAGAUAAUUACAGCAUUGUUCAAAUUUCGUGUUUAUGUUGACAAUAAAUGCCACUUUCCUAAAAUAGAGAACAGACACACACAUAUUAUUCUCGGCGUAGUUGCAUUGCCGCGUUGACUAGCCAGAGGGGGUAGUUGUGCUUUCACGUUUUCGGCGCGCUUUUGACGCUGACUGUCUGACCUCACUGUGAAACAGGAGAACCGGGUGGGUGGAAGGGAAGCAGCUGCUGCUCAGUAACCUGGGCUGGUACCCCCGGCUACCGUCGUGUUUAGCUGCCGUUGCUGCUGACAGUUACACCGGGGAGGGAGCUCACAGGGAAGGCGGCGGCGGGCUCCAUCUUUGAAACACAACCAACGGUCUGGAGUAAUGAGACGGGGGGAGUGAAGGAGGCAGGUGUCCCAGUAGAGCAUUGGCAGACAAGUGGGAGGCCAAGCAAGGAUGCUGGAGGCAGAUGCAGCAGACCCAGCGGGAUCAGCAGCAGCAGAAGGAGAAGCGGUGAUGGGGAGUGGAGACAUGAGGGCAGAGGUGGCGAGGCUGACCCUGGAGCUCCAGGAGGCCACGGAUGAGAAGCUGCAGGCGGCUCGCUAUGGCCUGGUGGUGCUGGAGGAGAGUUCGGCUCUCAAGAUGAAACACAGGCAGCUGGAAGAGGAGCACGAAGCCCUGAAAGCGGAGCUACAGCAGCUCAGAGAGGCAUUCGCAGACUCUGUGAGCAGCCAAAAGCGUGCAGCUGCAGAUGGAGAGUGCCGGGAGGAGAGCCUGCUGCAGGAGACUGCCACGAAGGAGGCUGCCAUGGCAACACGCAUUGAAGAAGUCCAGGCCGAGCUCAAGCAAUCACGCCUUGCUCUCGGCAAUGCUCACGCGGAGAUCGAGAGACUGGGGGUGUUCUCCACCCAGUUAAAAAAGGAGUGCGAGUGUCUGGAUGCAGAAAAGGGCCACAUGAGGGAUGAGAUAAAGGAAUAUAAAGUACGUGAGCUGCGCCAGUUGCAGGACAGCAGCGAGCUGGAAGAAGAAAACAUAUCUCUACAAAAACAGGUGUCAGUGCUGAAGGAAAACCAGGUUGAAUUUGAAUCGAUAAAACUUGAGCUGACCCAGAAGAAUGAGGAGCAGGACGAGCUGCGGGGUCAGAUGGAGGAGGCGGCGAGGCUGAGGGAGAUAGCAGAGAGGCAGCUGGAUGAGGCCCUGGAAGCCCUGAAGGAGGAGAGGGAGCAGAAGAACAGUCUGCGGCGGGAACUCUCUGCCCUGACCCUGAACCCCUUUGAUUCUGUGGGGAACCUCGAGCUCCACCUGGAGCAGCUGGAUGACAGCCAGGAGGAGGGCCAGGGGGGAGAGGGAGACGGCGAGGGAGAGGACCAGGACAGUGGCAUUAAUAACGGUCCUGGUUCUGCUCCCGGUUCUGCUCACCCUCCUCACUUGGGUGGUUCAAAAAGUAACGGCCUCAUCCAUCGCUACUCCACUCCACGCAACAGCGACGUGUUUCUGCGUGCUCCGGCCUCUGGACUGGUGUCGGAUUUACUGAGUGAGCUGCACUUCUCAGACAGCCAGAAACUAAAGCAGCAACUCCUACAGGCGGAACGAGAGAAGUCUGGUCUGGCAAGUAAGGUGGAGGAACUACAGAUGCAGCUUGUUAUGUCCAAACAGGCGCUAAGCCAGCAGGAGGACAAGGUUGGAUCUCUGACCCAGCAGCUUGAUGCUGUGCAGAGCAGCCAUCAGCACAACCAGGACACAGACGACAGGGGAGACGAGGACACGGAGAAUGGAGACGAUGCGGUCUUUGACUACGAGGUAGACACCAAGAGUAAGGAGGUGCUGGAGGCCCGCAUGCGAGGAGCCAGCGAGGAGCUCCUGAAGCUGAGAGAUGAACUGUCUCAAGCAGGGACUCGGUACAACACCCUGGAACAGCGGUACAAGCAGGAGAAGGAUCGCUGGAGGGCAGAGGCCCAGGAGCUGGCUGACAAGAUCCGACAAUGCAUCAAGUCCAGCAAGCAGGACCAGGAGCGCAUCGGUGAGCUGGAGAAGGAGAUCGGAGCCACGCGGAAAGUAGCAAUUGACUCAGAAGGCCACUUGAGCGUCGCCCAAGAGGAGCUGCUAGCCUUCUCCGAGGAGCUGUCCAACCUGUAUCACCACAUCUGUGUGUGCAACAACCUGACACCCAAACGAGUCACCCUGGACUAUUACCGGGAUGGCGCCAGGGCAUCUGGUGCGGGAAGCACUGCACGAAGAUCACACUACGUUUUCCCCCAGCACAACGCUCAGAAGAAGCCAAAGGCUAACGAGAUGUUCAUCUCUAAAGCCGCGGCGUUGCAACUAAUGGGAGAGGUGGACAGUGCGGGAACCAGCGUAGAAUCUCCAAGUUGCCCCGGAUCCCCCACCUUGGAUUUCAGGGACCCCUCCAACGUCCGCAACUUGGUAGCUGUCAUCCGCUGUCAGAUCAAACACCUCCGGGUGGCAGUGGACCUGUGUCGUCAGAGGGGCGCGAUACCUUACUCGGGUUUGAGCAGCAGUGUGGAGGCAGAGCGUGACGCUGAAAGCCUCUUGGAAGAAGUGCUAAAACUCAAGUCUCUUCUCAGCACUAAGAGGGAGCAGAUAGCCACUCUCAGGACGGUCCUCAAGGCGAACAAACAGACUGCAGAGUUGGCCCUGUCCAAUCUGAAAACCAAGUAUGAGACGGAGAAGAGCAUGGUGUCUGAGACCAUGAUGAAACUGCGGAACGAGCUCAAAGCCUUGAAGGAGGACGCUGCCACAUUUUCUUCACUGCGAGUCAUGUUUGCCAGCCGGUGUGACCAGUAUGUCACCCAGCUGGAUGAGAUGCAGAGGCAGCUGGCAGCGGCCGAGGAUGAAAAGAAGACCCUGAAUUCUCUGCUGCGUAUGGCCAUACAGCAGAAACUGGCUCUCACGCAGCGAUUGGAAGACCUGGAGGCUCCCAUGUCUCCCCACAGCUUGAAUAGCAGCCCUCGCCGCUCCCGGGCCAAAGAGCUGGCCGCGAAGUCAGGCCGGGCCGCACGAAGCCCCCGAAGCAGUCCUGCGCGCCCACCUCUGAGGAGCAGUCCACGAGCCAGUCCGGUACUCGGUAGCAGCGUCCCCGCCAUGGCCACGCAUCACCUGAGGAGUCUAACCAGAAGCCUCCACACGAGCCCUGUAAGAACCUCUCUAUCUCUUUGUUCCGAUGACCCCAACCAGACAAGCAGCCGCUCUAGCAGAGGCAAGGGUCUCCCACGAGAUGCCACCUUCAUUAGGAGUCGUAGUGUCAGUGAUGUUUUUAACGCAGAUUCAAGUCCUGGUUACUUCUCGACACGUAACAGCUCCACCAGCUCUGUGAACAGCGAGUUAACGGUCAAAACAGAAUCGGAAGUCAGCGGCUCGAGUAAAAGUGCGUCAGGUCGGAGAGCUUCGGUCCCUGCACGUCAGGACACCUUCAUUACGACUCGAGUUGUCCCUGCCUCGUCCACCAGGCUGAAGUCUUCUCUGUUCUCCUCUUCCAUAGAAAGUCUAACCUCUUCUAAACCUUUGUAUGUGAGACCUAACACAUCAACAGCAUGGGGUGAAACUAAACAAAAGCCUGAUCCAAAACCUAACAUGGAUAGUUCAGUGAGAAGGAAGCAGUUAGGGUACAGGUCUAAUUCUGUUCAGGAAGCAGCUGCAGGCCGUAACACGGUCCACUCAGAUUCAGGGAUUUCUCAGUUGAACGGUAAACCUGCAGCGGCUCCAGCAACCACUUCCUCCUGCGUAAGCAAUCCAUCUGGCAAGACCAGGAUGUCUGGAAUAUGCAGAGAGUCCAGGCGUAGAUUCGCUGCUUCUACAAGUAGAGCCAGUGAGGAGUCACAGACUAGUGUCAGUAAGAGCUCUGCUAAUAAACCUCAAGGCACGCCUGCCAGGCCCCGGAGCGCUCACUCUAAAUCAUCUCGCAGGCGAUGAGAAACAUCCUCUGUGAGACAAAGUGCUCUUUAUCAUAUAGAGCAUAAUAAAGAUAAAUAAAAUAUAAUGACAUAUCAAUUAUUAUUCUAUGAGCAAUGACUUCCCUAACAGUCAUAGAUUUGAGCCAUCAGAUGACGAGACCCUGAGUUGUAUUUUGAAUCUUUGCACUUUAAUUUUCUAGAUUUGUCUGCCCACAUUGAGCGAUGCAGGAACAUUAGCAUGUCAGGCAGUUACGUUUACAAAACAAUCAUCAUCUUUUCAAAGGUGUUUACAGACAAAUCAUUAAAAGAUGCCUUCUUUCUUGGACACAAAGAAUCCAGUGAUUAAAGCUAUAGAAUUAUUAUUAUUAUUAUUAUUAUUACUACAGAGCAGCUUCAUGUUUGUCCUCAGAAUAAAUGGAGGGGCUAUGAGCUGAGCUGCUGCUAGCUUUUCAGUUAAAGCUAGGGUUGGUAGUCACCAUAGACUGUAUAAAUAAUGGACAUAGUAUCCGUGACGUCACCCAUCUGUUCCUGAGAGCUUUUUUGAAGCCAAUCGGCGGAGGCAGCCAUAUUGGAAAUGCGAAGCUCAACCAGGCAUAGUGUGACGUAAAGAGGCGGAGUUUGAGCCUGUGAAACAGCUAUGUGUUCCCGUCCGGGAGUCAAUCAGUCAUGUCCUCAUUUGGGCAACAACUCGUAAUCUUAAUAUCUUCUGAACUGUCGCGUUACAAAAAAAUUAUCCCACCGUACAGUGUGUGCCGAUAGAGAAAUUAGCUACGUAGAGCCAAGCUGAUUUUUGAACCAGGCUGUAAACAUGUUUAUUAAUGCUGCAAAGAUGGUCUUUUUUGAAUUGGUGUCUAUGUGGUUUCCGGUGUUUCUGCAGCCAGCCUCAAGGGGAUUCUCAAUGAAUUGUUUAUAACACUUCCGCAUGGGCUUCAUAGUUUGAGACCAGAAGUUGCCGCUUGGUAGUCACGGAAAACUAGCAUGAAUUUGAAUGUAGCAUGUCCUCAGGACUCCGUCUAACCCUCCCCACCUCUCCUCGGCGCUCCUCCAAAACGACGCCCCCCCCCCGCGCUCACAUGCACGAGCGCCGCUGCUUCUCGAGCAUAUGAUCGUGACUGAUUAAAAACCGGUCCUCAGCACAUGGUUUGUGUUUUGCACUACGUCAACUCAUGUCUCACUCAGUGGUAAGAAAACACCAAAACAUUCUCAUAGUGAAAGUUAAAAACACAAACAAACAUGAAAUGUACGCGCAGGAGGCGGGCAGAACGGUAGGACGGGAUUUGAUUGGUUACAUAUUUUGGAUCCUGAUGGCAGGGAUUGGUUGGUGUUUUCCCAGGUUUACUCCGCUUGUAGAUAGCGGCUUUUUUUCACUCUUUUUUUAAAGAACACAUUAUGUAUUGAUUGCCAUCGGGACAGAAAGAUCAUUUUAGCCAGUAUAACAAAAAGUGUAUCUAAAUCUGACUACCAACCCCAGCUUUAAUGCUCAGUUUGUUUUCAGGUGAGGAUUCCCUCAGUGUUCAUCACUACCAAGAUUUUACUGGGUGAGGUGCGACCUAUCCACAGAGGCCGCCACCCCAUUUCAAAACAAAUCCUUUCAUAAAACCCAGAGUGAAUUAGUCAGCCAUAGAAACGGAUGUCUUUCUGAGGUACUGUAUUGGGAGUUGAGGGAUCUGUGAGCUGAGCUGCUGCUAACUUUAAGUAGACUUUAUUGGUUUGAGAUGAAAGCCUCGUUUUCAGAAUCAAAACCAUUCCAACUGAAUUAAAAAUCUCAAAUGUGCAAUCUUUAAAUUUGAUACAAUCAUGUUUAUGUACAGACCCACUUCAGAUCUGAUGCUUGUUUUGGUUUGUUUACUUUUAUACAUCUCAUCUUACCCGACAGCUGUUGGGAGCGCUUUCUCUGCUGAUCCAUCACAUGUUGUUAUUGAUCUGUUUGAUCCUUUUAUUACCCUCACCCUUUGGCCUUAUUUUUUUUUAAGUUGGACUAAAAAUGUUGUCUGUUCUGUCUCUGUCUCACCCUGUCUCUGUAGCGCUGAAACGCUCCUUCCAUUACUCCAAACCCCCUCGUCUCCAUAAGGACCUGUCUCCAUGUUGACUCCCCGGCUCCCUCCUUUUCCUGACUCAAGACAUCCUCUCCAUCCCAGAUAUGAUGCAACAUUCCCCACUUUUACCACCAGAUCCAUGGAUUUUUUUUAAAAGUAAAAAAAAAAAAAAAAGACAAAAAAAAAAUCUCAUCCCACCCUCCCUCUUGGUUUCUCUGGAGGGGGAGAAACCUGCAUGCAGCCCGGAGGAGGAUGAAGAGACCAAUGUGCUGCUCAUUGCUCUGUGAAGUCAUUGACUGUGUCUUGUCCCGAGUGGAUCCAACUCCCAUCUGGUCUUGUUCAAAAAGCUGUGUAUCGUGGUGAAUCAUUGACAGUAUUUAUUCUGUAAACUUUCAUGUACAGUAUUUACAGUCCUCUGACUCUGAGUCAAGCUUCUGAUUUGUUUUAAGGCUGUAAGUCUUCAAUCUCGCCUUCUCUCUGGCACCCUGGUCAGGCAUGUCUGGCAUCUACUAGUGUCAGUAAGCCCUUAGAUCAUCUGUUCUAGCUCUCCCGGGUAGUUCUUUUUUUAUAGAACGAUACAGCCUUACUAACAGUUUUGCUAUCCUCCGAGUAGAGAGCUUGCUAUUGUCUUGAGAUUCCUCCUCUUUGCAGUCACAUGCCCCCUUUUUACCCUGUAAUGUCUCUGGCACUUGUCAGCCACACCCUUUAAUAAAAGGUCAGUAAACAUGCCGUUUAAGUAAUGGCAAUUAAUCAGCCAUAAGUUCACCACCUCAGGUCAAACACAGAUUACACAGAAUCAAGAUUUGAGAGAUCUUCCGUGUGCAUUUUACUUUGUGAACUAUGCAGACCGAGUUGGGACAGUGCCUGUGAACUUCCUGCUGUUCUUUAGGAUUGGGACGGGUUUUGAAACUUAGCACCACUUGCAACAAACAGCGGCUUUUAGCAUCUGUCACAGCAAGGAGGUUAUGCAAUCAGGGGUUGCUAACUGUCCUGUGUUCAAGCAUCCCAUUUUCUACACUAGAUUUCUCUUCUCCUGCUUUUGGGCUGUAGGUUUUAACAAACACUGACUUCAUGGAAGAAACUUAGUGGCUUGAUUUUCCUGAAACUAAUACCUACAUGUGCGAACAUGUCAGGCCAUGCUCAUUCUCUUGAUAUAACUUUCAUCAUAACACUUCUGCUUUUCCCCGAGUGAAGCAGUGAUCUUCAUGCUUCCUGCUUCAUCACUCUGUGUCACCAUGCUUCUUUUUUUUUUAUUUUGCUACCAAAGUUCCAGUGUAGUAAUGGACUCGUGUUACCCACAGCAAGCUAGAUUUCUCCCCUUGUGGCUUCCAGUGUUUAUAGUAAGGAACGCUAAUAGUGUUAGCAGGCUGCUGGUUGGGCUUGCUGCUUGUAGGAACAAAUGAUGAAGAUUAAUAUCGUGUCCCAUUAUUUUCAAAAAGCAUUACAGAGUGCUUUAACUCUAGUAGCACGUUAUGACUUAAUACAAAAAAAUACACAAAAUGUAACCAAACUAAACUCCAACAUGACAUCGCUUAGCUAGUCAGAGCUCUUUAUAAAGAGAGAGAGCCUCUAUCACAAAGAAAAGAAACUGUUAAUGUCCAUGUAUCUCUUGAUACUACAUGGUUUGCUUAUAGAGUAGUUUGACUCCAGGGCUGUGUAUUAAACACAGCAGCACGUGUUAGCAUUGGAACUGUAACGACACCUCUCUCAUUUAAUGCUGAAUUUACCAGACGAGAACAAUUCUGGUCUUUAAAGACCAUGUUUGAAAAUGAAGAAGUAAAAUGUUGAUUUUUUUUUAAAGCUGAAAUGUCCUGUGGUUCAACAGAAGAGGCCACAUCCUGCUGAUUGAUUUUUUAUCAUUAUUUUUUAGUGCCUUCGUUUUGAUCUUGUUUGUUGUUUUACAACUACAUCAAAUUUUCUAAAUAGAGGCAUUCGGCACUGUAGUUGUGAUGUAGUUGAAGGUUCGUUUGAGGAAACUCUUUAUGCAGUGUUAGCACUGGAUUAAGUGAUAUCUCAUUUUGGUAAAACGUUUACACUUUUUAGCUAGCAUGAACUAAUUAUUGACUAACUCAUCAGAUAUACUGACUACCCCUGAAAACAAUGGUCACUUCUGAGCUGUUACUGUGAGAAAGGUUACUGUAUUAGAUUAUGAAUGCAGGUGAUUACAAACAUAAUGCUUCCGAAAUAGUCCUUCUUGAAUUUUAGUUUUAAAGUGAUGCAUCUGAGAUUUUGUCCUGCAGGGGGGGGCGGACUGUUCAUGUGUAACUGAUCAUGAACUCAUGCUAAAAAGUGGAAAUGCUUUAACACUAUGCUGUAUUGCUUUGAAGGAUGUAAAUGGAUUAUUAAUCUAUUUAAUUCACUCUGUGCAGAUGUGUGUGUUUAAUUUAAUUACCACUGUUGUAUAAUAUUUUAACUUCUAUUUAUGUGGUCUGCAUUCUGUGUAAAUUGUUCCUGAAGAAUGACAUGCACACACUCCGCAUAACACAUUUGAUGGUCCUCAACUUUUUAUGUGUAUGCAAUUUCCUUUCAUUGACCUGUGAACCACUUUUGUCAUGAAGAAUAAAAAACAAGCCAACACUGA